AGUUUUGAACCAAAUCGUAGCUUUCUAACAAAACAUCGCCUGAAAAAAGUCUCAAAAUGCAGAAAAACUGCAUGCAAAAAGCAAAUAGGCUAGAUAUGGCUCAGUUGAUAAAAAACAGUGAAUAUAUCUCUUCACUUUUUGCAGUACACAUAACACUCGGAUUUAAAUCCGAGGUUUUCGCAUUUAUUUUUUAUCAUGAUUAGAUUUUUUUCGAUUAUACGAAGCAAUAAUGAUAUAAUUAAUUACUUAUGAAAAAUAUUUAAAAUAAUUCUCUUUUUAUUCUGAUUUACUAUUUCGUGGAAGAAUCUGUUUUUUAUAUUAUCUUUAUGUAAAUAAACUAAGUGAAUAACUAAAAUUAGAAUGAUACAUUAAUUUAUAUUAAAUAAUGUUUUCCAAAUUAGUACUUACGUUAUUUUCUAAUUAAUUAUUCGAGAAAUCAUAAUAUAAUUUUUACAUUAGAAUCGUCUUUUGAUUGAUAUUCAUAAAUUUAAAGAGUAGAGUUUAAGUUAAUAAUGCUAUUUUUACUUUAUCAAAAUGUUUGACAUUCAAAAGUAAAUGCGAGUAUAAAAAUGAAGAGAUAGAUAACAUAUUUUUUAUCUGUUGUUAGAGAUUGCCAUAGCGGCACGGUGGCCUUGUCUAUUCUAAGGUCGUGACGCUACAGAUUUCCAAUUAAGAUGGAUAUCUAAAAUUGUUCUGUAUCAUAUCCUUGAUCAUUAAUGAAUAACUUUAGAAGAUGUUGAACUAUAAUAAAUAUGAGAUACUUUCUGUAACAUUAAAUCAAAUAUUAAUAGAUUUAUUUCAAUAAAAGAUGAGUCAACAUUAUCAAUACAUAUGAUUUUUGAAAUUAUUUAUAAAUUUUUUAGGUUUCGAACCAGUACGUAUCAGUAUUCAAGGUGAGGUUAUUCGUGAUCUUGAUUCAUCAAAUACAAAUAAUAGUCAUCAAAGUCGUAAAACUGGUCUUGGUGAUAGUGAUGAUGAAGAACAACAAGCACCAUUAAAUGUAAGUGAACGUUCAACCAUGGAUAUAUAUCGACAACGACAACAAAAACGUGUAAAACUUACAAAAACAAAUUCUACUGAUCAACUACAGUCCUUGCAACGUAUUGCUACAGUAAACGAGAAAACAAACAGAAAAUUAGGACAUAAUAUUGACUGUAGCGAUCCUCGUUGUGAAGGUUGCAAGUAA